AUGCCGUCGCUUAAGGCAGUGGUGGCUUCAACCCUGCUUCUCUUUGUUAUAUCCUCCAACGGACUGCCGAUACUCGCAUCCCACGAUGUCGGGCACAGCAGCGAUUUGCAAACGGGCCAUUAUAUCACAGAGGAUGAAGCAGCUUCGGCGUGGAAGCGGGUAUUAUGCGAACUCAUGCACCCCCACCAGGGAGUGCGCAAGCGAACAGCCCUCACCAGAGAAGAACUCGACGCCGAUAGGAUACAGAACGGAGGCCAGAUGGUGGGUUAUCUCCCCCUUGCGUCUUCUCUCGCACAACAUAUCGAUACCAAAGCCGAGCUGCGGGAUGCGAAUGCUGAACAGUCGACCUCAUUAUCACCCUCACAGACGUCUGGUUACUCUCCGGACGCACUGGGCGUCAUCGCCAACGCCCUCAACGACGAGUAUCUCCCAGACUACCUCAACGGGUACGCUAGGGAUGGUUCUCGAUGCAUACUCCUGGCCCAAGAGUAUAGCAGCCGGAGCAGGGCCUCCUUCCGGAGUACAGGCCCUAUAGAAUUCCUAACGCCAGGGAUGAUCAUCACGGUCGUGGUGAUCCUCCUCCUCGUCACCAUUGCCUUCUUUGAUUUUAUGCAGUGGAUUCACCUCUACCGUCGGAGGUCACAGUCACGACGAAGACGACCAUCAAGGCCUUCUUCCUCCCCAGACGAUAAGCUAAAGUACGAGCUCAGAUACAGUGACGGCGGCGACGAUGACAGCCGGAGGGAAAUGAUGAUCCCCUGA